GAUAGACGCCCCGCUGUGGUCACACCAUCUAUUUUUGACAGCUAUAUUUCACAUUCACAUUUCGCUUAAUCACAUUUACUUUUUAAUUUUACUGUAACCAGAGCCAAAAUGCCGGACGCAGUGCAGCAAAGUUUCGUGCGGAGCUUCAUCGACUACCUGAAAAAGCAGGUGGACGUGAUGUCACCGGACCAGAGUGAAAGCAUUGAGGUGGCUAUCCAGUGUCUUCAGGCGGCCUUUGACGUGGGCGAUGAUGUGGAGGCGGUGCAGGAUUCCGCCAGCCAGGAUCAGGCCACCACACAGAGCAGCACUUCGUGUGCCCCCAGUGGUGAUGCGCUUCCCAGCGGAAGUGCCGCCGUCGCUCCCAAAAACAUUGAUAUGUUCGAGCUCUUCCAGUCGCUGUAUAUCGAACGCAACCCGGAAUCUUUGGCCCUGGCCGAUUCUAUCAAGAACGAGGGCAAUCGUCUCAUGAAGGAGUGCAAGUACAACGAGGCCCUGCUGCAGUACAACAGAGCCAUUACCUUUGAUCCCAAGAACCCGAUAUUCUACUGCAACCGGGCUGCGGCUCACAUCCGACUGGGCGAUAACGAUCGUGCCGUUACCGAUUGCAAGUCCGCCCUGCUGUACAACACCAACUACAGUAAGGCAUACGGCCGCUUGGGAGUGGCCUACUCGAAUAUGGGCAAGUUCGCGGAGGCAGAGCAGGCUUACACCAAGGCUAUUGAAUUGGAACCGGACAAUCCGGACUACAGGAGAAAUCUGGAGGUGGCCAGGAAUGCCAGGAAUCAGCCACCGCAGCUGUCGCAUCUAACGGAUGGUCUAAAUGCUAUGCUGUCGAAUCCCUUAGUGAGGAACCUAUUUGGCAGUGCCGAGAUUGAUAUGGAGCAACUGCGGUCGAUGGCCCAGAAUCCAAUGGUUAUGAAUACAGUUGAUCAGCUAAUUGCCAACAUUGGUCAACCAAAUGCCGGUGCAGGAGGAGCUGCUCCUGGCGGUGGUGGUGCUCCGCCACAGAUUCCGCCAAUGCCUAACGAUAUGCUGCAGCUGUUCCAGACGUUCGCCAAUCAACUGGCGGGAGUUCGGCAGCAGGACGGUCAGCCCAACCCGAAUGCCAAUCCGGGCAACGAGCAACAGCCGGGUAAUCAACCUCCACCGAGCAUCUAGUGGUAGAUUACAGCCUGGAUCGGCCACAACAACAUAGACACAGAUUAAGUUUUUAAGCUGAAACUAUAAUUACUAUAUUUUAUGCUUAUAUUACGCUAUACAUAAAUAUAUUUUUAUUAAUGGUAAUAAAUAUAUACAAAGAAAACGCUGCGAGGCCUUGCAAGUUUAA